CCCGCUCUUGCAGGUUCUGUCUUGUGUGCCGGCGAGACGAGGGCGGUGGUACUACGCGGGUCCGGGAGCGAGCAGGGAAGAAGAAAGCGCCGCCGGAGGCCGGAGCUGCAGCCACCUGUGGCCCAGGCGAACGGCGCUUCCACGGAUCGACGGUCGAGGGUCGACCUCUCUUUCUCGUGGCCGUGCAGUGCGCUGACUCACAACUGUGGCAGGGAGCGAGGAACAGGGCGCCGGCGCGCGCUCUUCUUCUCCUCCGGCGCCGGCCAUGGCUCGUAACCCCUGCGACAUCCGCUUCCUCCUCCUCGCCGCCGCCGCAGCUUUCAUCUACAUCCAAGUGCGGCUCUUUUCUACCCAGUCUCAUCACUCCGAACGCCUUGCAGAAGCAGAAAAAUUGGAGAACAAAUGCACCGAUCAGUUGCGUUCCAUGAUCGAUCAAGUCAGCGCGCAGCAGGAGAAGAUUGUUGCGUUGGAAGAGAUGAAGCUACGCCAAGACGAGGAGCGUGUGCAGCUGAAGAUUUUAAUCCAAGAUCUUGAAAAAAGGAGUUUGCAGACCUCAGUAAACAAGGAUGUGCAGGUUCCUGUUGCCGCUGUUGUAAUAAUGGCUUGCAAUCGACCAGAUUAUUUACAGAGGACAGUUGAAUCUAUCCUGAAGUACCAGACAGCAGUUGCUUCAAAGUUCCCACUGUUUAUAUCUCAGGAUGGAACCAAUGGAGAAGUAAAAAAGAAAGCUUUGAGCUAUACUCGAAUAACAUUUAUGCAGCAUGUAGAUCUUGAACCUGUGCGCACUGAAAGACCAGGAGAAAUGACAGCGUAUUACAAGAUAGCUAAACACUAUAAAUGGGCCUUGGAUCAGCUAUUCCUGAAGCAUAGUUUUGGUCGAGUCAUCAUUCUGGAAGAUGACAUGGAGAUCGCCCCAGAUUUCUUUGACUACUUCGAGGCUGCAGCAAAAUUACUUGAUGACGACAAGACAAUAAUGGCUGUUUCUUCUUGGAAUGACAAUGGGCAAAAACAGUUCGUUUAUGACCCAAAAGCUCUUUACCGUUCGGACUUCUUUCCUGGGCUUGGAUGGAUGUUAACAAAGCCAACAUGGAUUGAGCUUUCACCAAAGUGGCCCAAAGCUUAUUGGGAUGAUUGGGUGAGGCUAAAGGAGGUACACAGAGAUCGGCAAUUUAUCCGGCCAGAAGUCUGCAGAACAUAUAAUUUUGGCGAGCAUGGAUCAAGCAUGGGACAAUUCUUCAAUCAAUACUUGGAACCAAUCAAGUUAAAUGAUGUUCAUAUCGACUGGAAUUCUGAGGACCUGAGCUACCUCAGGGAGGACAAGUUUUUGAUCCAAUUUGGAAAAGAAGUGGCCAGCGCCACACCUCUGCACGGAUCCGACGCUUUGUUGAAGGCCCACAAUAUGGAUGUGGAUGUAAGGAUUCAGUACAAUGACCAGGGAGAUUUCGAGCGUAUAGCUCGUCAGUUUGGAAUAUUUGAAGAAUGGAAGGAUGGUGUUCCAAGAGCAGCUUACAAAGGAGUAGUGAUGUUCCGGUACAAGAGUAGUCGAAGACGAAUAUACCUGGUUGGCCCUGACUCUCUUAGUCAACUUGGGGUUUAGCACCAUAAGUGCUGAGGUGGGAACUUACCAUUGUGGAAGCAAUGUUGACACAGCAAAAAAAAAAGUGGAACUGCCACAUAUAUACUGCCCAGAACAAGAGGGGGUGCAAAUGCAAUCCAAUGCUGCCAGGCAAUUUCUGACCCCCUGAGGAACGCACGGUGUAGACAAAAUUUGGCUGGACUCAUACAUGUUUACUUAGUUAGCACAAGAAUUUUUAUUCAAAUAUGUGUUUUGGGUUUACAUGAUCCUGAUCAUCACCCCCAUUAGCUGAUCUGACCUGCCAUUCAGUGUACAUAACACACUAUGAAUUAUCAAUCAAAUUGCUGCUGCUUAUUGCUUA